CGAACUACGAUACUUGUCGUUAUCCUCCUCCCCCCCUUUUCUCUCCUCCGUAAAAUAAAUCCGGCCUCCAAAAUACCGCAAUCAUGGCCGUGGAUACGGAACCGUUCCUUCAUCUGGCGCGACCUUUGGCACCGACGACUCUGCAUUUCCAGAGCCAUCUUUCCCCGCUCUCCGUUAACAUCCUACCACAAGCCAUCCUUUCCGUCCUCGACCAUGCCACCCGCCGCGAUAUCAGCCCCGCGCCGACGAGCUCCUCCCGCGUCAUCGGCGCGCUGGUCGGCACCCGGUCCGAAGAUGGAGGCGAGGCCAUCGUAGCCUCGUCGUUUGCCAUCCCCCAUACCGAGAACGAGGACCAGGUCGAAGUCGACGUUGAGUACCAGAAGAACAUGCUGUCGCUGCACCUGCGCGCCCACCCCCGAGAGGUCCUGCUCGGCUGGUACACCACCUCCCACGAGCUCAACUCCUUCAGCGCCCUCAUCCAGAACUUCUUCGCUAGCCCCGAGACCGGCACUUUCCCCCACCCGGCCAUCCACCUCACCGUCUCCGCCGAGCCCGGUACCCCCGUCCGCACCCGCGCCUACAUCUCUGCUCCCAUCGCUGUCAAUGCCGAGCGCGCCUCCGAGUCUUGCCUCUUCAUCCAGGUGCCCCACCGCAUCGCCUAUAACGACGCCGAGCGUUCUGCUCUCGACCUGAUCUCGAGCGCGCGGGACACCGAGGCGCGCGCCGCCCCCGUCAUCUCCGACAUCGAGUCGCUGACCCGCAGCCUGGAACACGCGCAGGACCUGCUCGACCGGGUAUCCGACUACGUAAGCGGAGUCAUCGACGAGGAGAACGAGCCUAACAACGCUCUGGGCCAGUACCUGAUGGAGGCGCUGUCUCUAGCGCCCAAGGUCGACCCCACGAGGGUCGAGUCCGACUUCAACAACCACAUCCAGGACGUGCUGAUGGUCAGCUACCUGGCCAACAGCAUCCGCACCCAGAUCGACCUCAGCCAGCGCCUAGCCACGGCCAUACUAGCCACCGACGAGGGCGGUAAGACCGACAGCAAGGACGACAGCAAGGAGGGUGGGGACCGCAGGGGUGAACGGGGCGAGAGAGGCCGAGGCGGCAAGAGAGGCGGCCGCGGCGGUGGCAGAGGCGGCGGCCAGCGAGAGCCGCGUGAGCCUCGCGAGAACGGCGAGUGAAGCUCGUACACGCCCCCAAACCUAGAAGCCAAGUAAUGAAUAGACGAGAUGUAGGUCCUACGUUGUGACGGGCUGGGCUUAUCAUGUACUCUAUUAGCGUUGUUAAGAGAAGCGAGGCGGUGGCAAAAAGGGAAAAAAAUCUAGUAUGGAUGGUCCUAAGAACGAUGGUGAUGGUGGUGGUGGUGGUGGUGGUAGUAGAAGUAGUAGGAUCAAAAGGGGCCGUCAGUGCGGCGUCUACCUACCGCAUAUACAAACGCAUACGCAUUGGCAAGGGGCGAUGAAAAAGGGUCGCGAAGCAACUUGUGAAAGAUGCGCAAGUCGUCGUCCUAGGCGUUCGCGUCCGGUUACUUGGGGGAUAUCUUCAGUCUUUAUUUAGAAAGGGAAAAUGCUAUUGCAGCAAUGAAAAACAAGAUUCUGAAACUCCUCACUAGUAAUUAUUAUUUAUUCCCCUACACGGCAAAACACCAUCACACGCAUAACUCUAUUGACUCGUAGAA